AUGGAUAACGGCCCAGCAGCCUGGUUCCCACACGUAUCGAGCUAUCGUCGAAAUCUCUCCGGCCGCGAACUGGCCAUUUCGCCGUACGAAAAAGCCGCCCUCCAGGACCGCAAUGCGUUUCCUGGCAAGGCGUCCGAAAUGCCCACGUUCCCCAACGGCGACGCCGCCCUCUUCCCUCGCCAACCAGACCCCAACCCGACCCGCCGAUCUAGCAUAGCGACCAGGGCACCCGCACCCACGCUAGAUAUCCGCAAUGCAACCACCCCCGCCGAGAUCCGCGCCACGCUCGCGGCCCUCCACGCGCGCGAGUCCUCUAUAACCGCUCGCCUUGAUGCCCUCGUGUCGUCCCAAGUAGACCUGGGCCGCGAGCUCGCCCGGCUCGAUGUGCUGAGGGCCGGCCUGGGGUCGCAGGUGAUAGCGACGAGAACAAUCGGCAGUGACAUGCUGGCGGGCGCCUCGGAGACGGCAGGACGGCUCAGCGAUAAGGUGAAGGAGCUAGACCUCGAGAAGAGCCGGGUCGAGGAUACGCUAGGCGUCGUCGAGCAGGUAGCCGAGCUGAAGGCGUGCAUAAACGGUGUCGUCGGGUCCAUGGGCGCGCCGCAGGAUUGGGAGGCGGCGGCGGGAUAUAUCGCGAGGGCGGGCAACGUACCCGAGGAGAUUAUUCGUGGGGGUUUCGCUGCUGAGAUCGUGCCAAGCGUGGAGGUGCCCGACCCGCCGUGGGUGACGCUCGAGAAUGCCAAGGAGAGUCUGUGCAGUUUGUUCUUGAGGGAAUUCGAAAAGGCGACGAGCGAUGGCGACAAUGCCAAGGUUACCAGGUUCUUCAAAUUGUUUCCGUUAAUUGGCAGGGGCCAUGUUGGUCUGGAUAUCUACGGGCGCUACGUCUGUCAGGGAGUGGCCGGCUACGCGAGAGCGACGCUCAAGAAUGCGCCUACUGGUAGGAAGGACGGGUACUUUUACGCCAACGCCCUCACGAAGCUUUUUGAACACAUUGCCCAGAUCGUGGAAGGCCAUGGCAGCCUAGUAGAACGGCAUUACGGCCAGGGGAAGAUGGUGAAGGUAAUCGAGAGGCUGCAGAUGGAGGCCGAUAUUCAGGGCGGAAUCAUCCUUGACACCUGGAGUGACGAACGGAACGUCGAGCGGAGGAUGACAGACGUGAAGAGCUAUCCGUUUUCUUUCCUCGUCCAAAGCUUCCUUCCUCAGCAAAGAGGCGGCGGAGUGGCUCGAGUAAACUCGCCUGCUACUGGAAGCGUCUCAACCAACGUCCGAAGUAGCGAGGAUGAGGGCGGUGUCGAUAUGAAGGAGGUAGACGCCAUCCUCAACGAAAUCUCCGUUAUGCUGAGCCGGUGGUCGCUCUACACUCGCUUUAUUGCGGGUAAAUGCAAGGCUACUGUACAAGAGGGCGAGCGAGAGACAGUGGCUCUGCCUGACGUCAUUACCAAGUCGAAUCUCAGCAAGAAGGUGUCGGCAAAGCUAACGACUCCGUACAAUGUCAUGAGCACAUUCUUCUUCCGCCGGUCAGUCGAGAAGGCAUUCCAGCUUGACGAAUAUCCUACCGGCCUCUCUCUCAGCCUGAACAGACAUAUCGACGCCAGUCAGCCAUACAUUAUACUGGCAGUGGACGAUGUAAUAUUCAUCGUUAAUGCAGUCAUCCAAAAGUCCCUUGCUACGUGCCAGCGGGAGGUCAUCUCGUCAGUUGUGUCGACGAUAGGGCGGGUGAUGGGGGCGGACUUCGUCGGCAUGGUACAGCGGAAGAUGCGUGAUGAGUCGUACCCCAAGGCGUUAGUCCAGGGAGGCUUCCCUCCCGAAGACAAGAUCAUAUCUUUCAUCGUAUUGAUUAACAGUCUUGACAUGGCCAAUGAAUACCUUAACCGAAUUAUCCAAACGAACCUCGGCGUGUCCUCCGGCCAGCCAAACGGUGUCUCGCUGAGCUCUGCCAUAAGGGAUGCUUUCCCCAACGAGCGGGAUGCCGGUCUUGUUGCCUCCACUCUUUCCAACCUCCUCAGCACAUUUACGUCCAAGACGACCGAACUUCUCAACGAGGGCAUCCAAGUACUCUUCCACAACGUUGUCAAGCUCCGUCUCCGCCCGGUUCUCUCCGAUACCUUCCGAGACAUCGACUAUUCUCUCACCGAGGAGGAAUUUGCCGACGCUGCACAACAGCUCGACGAAGAUGAGAGCUCCUUCCAUGACCUCGUGGCUCGCCGUUUCGAACACGGCUGGGAUCAGCUCAUGCGACCCAUAUCGCGGCUCAUGACGCCCAAGACGUACGGCGCGCUGCUCGACAUCACGGCACGGAAUCUCUCUCGGCAGCUCGAGAAGAGGUUGUGGGGCUACACGGGCCGCACGAGCGCCUUUGGCGCCGUGAGAAUGGAGAGGGAUUUCUCCGGUGUCGUGAGCGCUGUGUCCAAGGGGAACUAUGCGACGAGAGAGGUGUUUGCUAGGGUUACGCAGAUGCUGAUGGUGGUGAACAUGGAGGAUGACGAGUGGGAUGAGGUCGUCGAGGGAAGCGGCGCUGGGGAUGGAGAAGAGGAUGAAGAUGGCAUAUUGUGGGUUUUGACGGAGGAAGAGAGGACGAGAGCGAGGGCUCUCGUGAGGUGA